GCGCCGUGUUGGGGAGCGACGGGGCGCGCACAGAGGAGUCGUUGUGUCGAUCACUCCCGCAGAGGCGAUGCCCUUUUGUGGAGAGUUCUCUUGUCACACAGAGGACAGACAGUCACAUUCGGGACAGAGGGGUACAAAGAGAAUAACUGCAUUUUUAAAGGCUCCGUUGUUUCCCCGCUGCCGCUCGGUGUUCACUGUGGGUGUUUGGAGAGGAUCUUUGUUGCCCGAGGAAAAGUGGAGAGGAAGAAUACGCGCCGUGAACGGGUUGGGGGAAAUCUUUAUGGACAUGGUUAUAACAGUGCAGCUGAUGCUGUCAUCCAUUCCACCUACAUUUUCCUUCCCGGAGUCUUGUUUUGCAUGAGGAGGUCAACUUUUUACGCGUCGUUUUACGCACUAAUUCAUAAUGAACAUUAUCCGUCCCGGUACCUGUGGCGUAGCAGUUUGAGCCCGAUCAUUACCUAAAAGAAGAAAUCAUUUUGUGGAUAUCUGGCCGAAAGGAUGCCAGUUGAUACAUUCGCAAACAUGGAGGAAAAACUGUGGAUUCUGGAGGAUCUCAACAUGAUGUACAUUCGUCAGAUUGCACUCAGUUUACAGGACAGUGACAUCCAGAAGAAGAUCGACCAUGAGAUUCGUAUGCGUGACGGAGCCUGCAAGUUGCUGGCCGCCUGCUCCCAGAAAGACCAGACGUUGGAGGCGGCGAAGAGCUUGCAGACCUGCAGCACACGUAUUAUGGCCUAUAUGUCAGAGCUGCAGAGGAUGAAAGAGGCUCAGGUCAUGCAGAAGGUCACACGGAGGUCAUCAGACGCAGGGCCGAUGGAAGAUAGACUCCCGUGCAAAGGAAAAGUGGCCAUCUCAGAUCUCCGUAUCCCCCUCAUGUGGAAAGACACAGAGUACUUCAAGAACAAAGGAGAGCUUCAUCGGUGUGCAGUGUUCUGCCUGCUGCAGCUCGGAGGAGAGAUCUUUGACACGGACAUGGUGAUAGUGGACCGCACACUCACGGAUAUUUGCUUUGACAACACCAUUGUUUUUAAUGAAGCCAGCCCGGGUUUUGACCUGCGUGUGGAGCUGUACAGCUGCUGCUCAGAAGAUGACUACUCAGCAGGCAGCACGCCAAGGAAACUAGCCAGUAAACUGAGCUCCUCACUAGGGCGAUCAGCCGGGAAGAAGCUCCGGGCAGCCAUGGAGCCUGGGCCGUGUAGUCCUGUUAGCAACGGAGGGGCAGGUCCUCUCCUGCUGCCGGUUCCCUCUGUGCCGGGCCCAAAGUACCACCUCUUAGCUCAUACCAGCCUGUCACUGUUGCACGUCCAGGACAGCUUUCGCACACACGACCUCACCAUCUCAGGCAACGAAGAGUGUUCGUACUGGCUGCCGCUCUAUGGCAGUGUGUGUUGCCGCCUGGCAGCUCAGCCUCACUGUAUGACCCAACAGAUGAUGAGUGGAUGUUUGAAAGUCAAGCAAUUAGGAGGUGACCCUCAGAGUUGGAAAAAAGUGUAUGCCGUUCUAAAAGGAACAAGCCUUUUCUGCUACCACCAGCAAGAGGAUGUGGAGGCUAACGUUGAACCAGCUUUCACUAUCGCCGUCAACAAGGAGACCAGAAUACGUGCGUCAGAGAAAGACCCUCAGAGUAAAGUUCAGAAUAUCGGUAUCAGUAACCAGUACGGAGGUGAGGAGGUCACACACAGCCUGACAACAGAUAGCCGUGAGGACACACACCGCUGGAUGGAGGCCUUUUGGCAACAUUUCUACGACAUGAGCCAAUGGAAGCAGUGCUGUGAUGACUUAAUGAAAAUUGAACUGCCAUCACCAAGGAAACCGGCUCCUGUCACACCAAAACAAGGCUCACUCUAUCACGAAAUGGUUAUUGAGUCAUCCAACGACCUCGGCACCACCGUGUCUGACAUCCUGGCUCGCAGAAUGCAGGAGCUGGAGCUCCGCAGCCACCUGGGAACCUCCCCCACCUGGAUGUCCGUGUUUGAGGAGAACAGCCCCAAAAGCACUGUCCGCCCCCGUCCCUGCACUCCUCGGCUCUCUGGCCACAGCCCCUGCACCCCUCACCGCCCGCCCCGGAGUCCUCUGAGCCCUCACCGCUGCCCACCGCUGAGUCUACUGUCCUCCGACGCAAGCCUGACCUCGGACAGCGACAGCCACGGCAGCACUAGUCCCUGCUCUCACCGCCACGGCUGGCCCGAGCCUUCUUCCAACCUCCCCCUGGGGUCAUCUUCCCCCUGCCGCCCGAGGCCGCGCACUCUGUCGCUGGACGCUAAGCUCAGCACCCUCCGAGGGAGGGCGUACGGAGGAGGUGGCACCCUGCAGUGCUCCUGCCAGCCACAUCCGUCCUCGCUGCUCACCCCGUUCCCCGUCGCCUCCUGUUCGCCUCGGUCACAGCGCAGCGCGCAGGCCACGCUCUCCUGCUCCAGCUCCACGUCCAGCAACAGCUCCAGCAACAGCGAGGGCAGCCACAGCCUUGAGUCAUCAGAGGGAGCCCCCUUCUCCAGGCCCUCCCCGGCUCGACGCAGCCUCAGGAACCUCAAAGCCAGACUUGAUCCUCGCAACUGGCUCCAAAGUCAGGUGUGAACUUGUGCCGCUCUUUCCACUACUCUAAAGGCGAGAGUUACAAGUUGAAAGCGCGUUUUGACUGGCCUAACGUUGACGUGAACAGUAGGGGCAGUCAGCCAGGCCACAUGCACAGCCCUGUGGAGGAUGAGCUUCCCUUACGGCAUCCUGGCAUGUCUUCUAUAACAAAGGACAGGUGACAAUCACUGCAGGCGACUGCGUUUCGCUGGUUGGCCACAAUUUCGAAGGUGGUCCAAAAGGAAAUGGGAGGUACUUUGCUUGCUUUGGGAAAUGAUUAUGGUCAUGCUGCUUGGGAGAAAGUGAUGCUAAGAGCUAAGGAUCUGCUCUAAUCAUCAGGCCUCAUGGGGCCUACUGUCUGUCGCUGGACUCUAACUCUGAAACUUGUUUUGUUUUGACCUUAUGAGCAAUCCUGGCUACUCCAAAUAAGGUUUCAAAAUCAUCUCUAUUAAUGCACUAGCAGCAUUUUGAAUAGUUAUUUUCUAUUUGUAUUGUAUAAAUACAGGUUUGCAGUGGUUAUGCUAUGAAAGCCGGUGAGCAUGUGGCAAGAAGAACAUUUUCUCAAAAGUUAAAAACUGUUAAGUGUGGAGGUUAAGGUUGGAGUUUGUAUUGUCUACUGUGUCUACUUCAGUGUAUGCAUCUAAAUAUUCACACAACAGAUGAUUUUUGUGGUUCUCUUUAAAUUACUAUGCACCAUUUUGUUUGUUUUUACACAUGAUUCUACUUAAUGUUCAAAUGUUUAACGAUUUGAGAUCAUUUCAACAAUGAAUCUGGCAAAAAGCUUAACUUCAUGUUAGUUCUCGUACAUACUCUACUGGUUAUUACUGUGAUAUCUUAUGGGUUAAAUUCUGUCCUCUGGUCUGAACUGUCACACAUACUUCCCACUUGGAAUGUCUAAUCAAAGGUGUAACUUCCAGCAAACAAAUAUUAUGCAACACGGAGACAUUUGUUUGAGAUUAUUUUGCGGCGGCCUAGAAUACCACGGCAACUUUCUAUGACUACUUGCAUGAAACCUCAAUCAAAUUAUAGGUCAAGCAAAAAGCAAGAAUAAACUAGUGUAUCUACACUGCCAUAUACAGUAUUUAUUUAGUUCUUAAAACUAAUUUUAUUUUGUACUGCAGGGGAUUUUGUCUCAAAACUUUUGUCUGAGUACUCUGUACUCGGUCUGCAUUGUUUACUGUGCAUAUCACUUUGGUAACCUCCUCUUGGGGCUCAGAACUUGGGCAAUUGGACAAUUAAAACUGUUUUAAUUGUUUUAAAAAAUGUUUUAAUAAAUACACCUGUCUUCUGUUACAUUAUUGAUUCUGUUAUACAUGCAGCUAUAUUGAUACAUGACUAUGUUAACAGAUGAUGUGCAAAUUUGUUACAUAUUAAUAACAUUGAAUGUUAUAAUCUUGUUUCUCAUGUUGGCAGGCUUUGUGUUCUGCAUGUCUGCACGUCAUAAAAUGAGAGAUGUUUAAAUAAUAUAAUAUUAAUUUUAAUAAAU